CGUGUUUUGUAGUCUUUUAGCUUCACAGUGGUGUUGUAACGUGUAGUAAGGUCACACAGAGGCAGUUUACAGCAGCUAACACAGCUACUUAAAGUCAGUUUAUGUUAUAGAUGACUUUUAUGAUCGAUUAACGAUCUGACGUUUCACCAGCACCAACGGUUUGACCGACGGCGGCGGUUUAAAUCCGUCACCAGUCAGUAACAGUCAAACAUCAGACCCUCCAUCAGUCUGCUCUGCAUCAUCAUCACCUGAAAACCUCACACCACUUCUCAGCCAAUCAGAGCUCCUCCUGCUCCCUGCAUCCACCCCACCCCACCCCACCCUGCUCGGGGCAACAAGGCUGUUUGUAGGAUCAGAUCCUGAAAAAUCAACAGGAAGAAAAACAAAGCUGAGCGUUGUGGUGUGUUCAGGGUCCACUGUGUUCAACUGUAGCUCCAGAUUUACACUCAUGAUGCAUUCAGGAUGUGUCUGAAAUCAUAAGACUGAAACUAGUGUUGAUCAGAGGAACUGCAUCUGAAGAUUUUCCAGCUCUGGUGUCAACAUGUUUUUCUAGCCUCCUGCUCAGCUGGUUUCUGACUCCUCUCUGUUCCUAAAGGAGAAACUUUAGUGUCGUGAGUUCGAGUUCGUCCGAUGUCUCGUCACAGUAAGCUGCAGAAGCAGGUCCUGGCUCUGUACCGGCACUUCCUCCGGGCCGGUCGGGACAAACCGGGCUUCAUCCCCCGAAUCCGAGACGAGUUCAGGGAGAACGCUCGCAUCAAGAAGACGGACGUGAUGCACAUCGAGUAUCUGUUCCGGCGAGGACAGCGGCAGCUGGAGCAGCUGAAGGACGUCAACACCAAACAGCUGGGCUCCUUCUCCAAACCCAAAGACCAGAGCUGACCUCUGACCCGAACCACGUCACAUGUCUUCGAAGGACACCAACAAAUACCUCCUAAAGACUUGGUUAUUACCAAAAUGUCAUACUGAGAUGUUGUGUUCAAGUCCAGUGGGGAAACUAAAGCUCAGUAUGAAGAGAACAUGCAAUGUGAUUAAAAAUCAAAUGAUUGUGUUGGAAGUAUGGAAAGCUGUGCUUUUUUUUGUGGGGGGGGGGGGGUAAAAAUCACUAAUAAAGUAAAAGGUUGUAAUAAUUUAAAGUAUUUGUACUUUACUAUUGUAUUUUCUUUUCAUUUUACUUCAGAGUUCUGCUCCACUUCAUUUUAGGGAAAUAUUUGACAGCUUAGUUGCUUUUUUAUUAUAAUGCAUAUAAUAUAUUUGCAUGUAAAACACAUAAAGAGUUUCUAUUAAUAAUAUUUAAUAUGAUGCUUUUGCACGUACUACAGAAGUAACAGGAUGUAGUGGAGUAUUUCUGCAGUCUGGUAUUAGUAGUUUUACUUCGUAAGAAUCUGAAUUCUUCCUCUGUCGCUGAUAAAAGCCACAAAGAACAUGUAAAUAUUAUUAAUAGGUUAUUUUGGAAAGUGAAAACAGUUGUGAUGAAGUUUGUUGCAGCUUUCAUACUGUGGAUGUUCUGGAAAAGAGGAGAAGCUUUUCAGGACAACAGAGAGGAUUCUGUAUCAACAGUCAAAAUAAAGAAGUUCAUACCAACAUUUUACAACAAUAUAAACCCAACAAAUCUGUACUUGCCCAAAUUUUUAGAUAUUUAAAUCAAAUACACUUUUAUGAUAAUGGACUGGAAUCUUUGAUUCAUUCAGUAACUUUUUGGGUUCAAUUGACAAACUAUUUAUUCUGUAAAAGUAAACUAAAAAUUUAUAUUGAACAUAGAAAUAUAAUUCAAUAUUUUGAACAAUGUGACAUUUAAUCCAUUGUAAAUUAUUUGAUCCUUUAUGGUAAAUUCCACAUACAUAAAUGCAGAAUAACAAAAGUCACUCACCCCCAAUUUUACUGCAUUUUUAGGUGAAUCCAAAAUAUUUAUCAAGAUUCUUGAUCUUAUAAUUACUAAAACGGUAAUUAUGAUAUAUCUAACAAUAAUUUGAUAAUGUAUGAUAUGGUUUUUUUCUUAUAGUCAAAUUUCCUCUUAUUUUCUUUUUAUUUCUUUUUAUGUAUUUUUUGUAUUAUUUAUUUUUUGCAAUUUUUACUCCUGCCUCUAUUCACAACUAUAUCGACUCUAUGUUUGCAAUGUUUGUAUCAAUAAAGAUUGAAGGGA